UCAAAAUGGCAGACGACGUGAAACGAAUGUAUUUCUUAGUAUGCAGUAUUUUUUAUUUAUAUAUUCCAAUUACUUUAUGCACAGGGAACGACAACCAAUUUGUGGAGGAAUUUUCAUUUGAUUCAUCAAUCAGAAAAAUUAAGGAUUUCAAAUUUAAUUCAUUACAAGAGGAAAAGGUUAAUAUUGAAAACAACAAUAUAGUUUUAAAUAAUGUGCGUUUAAGAAAAGAAGGUCAUUUACUGAAGGAUGGUGAAGUGAUGGUCCUUAAGCCAGGAGACCCGGCACAUUCUUUUAGCUUGUGGACACUGUCAGGAAAAUUUGAAUAUCCCUCCAAACAACUAAAUCGAGUGCCUUUAAUAAUACAUUUCUUUGACCCCACAAGUUCUGCAUUUCUAGAUUGUCUAUGGAAUUCAGAUGAAGCACUUUUGCCUAUUGUUCAAAAUGAUAUGAGAACACAUUUCCUUCUUAUUCCUUCUGCUGAUGAAGUACAUGCACAAUAUGGGGCAGCGUGGAUGUAUAAUAGAAUAAAUACAUUACUAAAAAGUAUUGUAAGGUCAGAGGCAGAGAGAAAGACCACAAUGAAUCGGUUUCAUUUUUCAGUGCUUCCACUUUGGAAACUUGGGAAUUGGUUACCAACAUUACUGAGGGAGUGGGAGUGUGUUGAUCAUAACUGUGGAUAUGACCAAGUUCUUAUCCAGUCAGAUGCAUUAGAUUACCCUACAGUGCUAAAGAGGCUAGAUGCACACUAUGAUUGGUUACCAAGUCCAGUAUCUGUAUUUGGAAACAAAACACUGCCACUGGUUCUUACAAACUCAGAUGGAUGUCAGCCUAGUACCAGUGUCAAUGGUUCAGUUGCUCUUAUAACAACUGGAGGAUGUUCAUAUUUCAAAAAGGUUCAAGUGAUGCAUGAUUCAGGAGCUAUUGGAGUUUUAGUGAUGCAGAAUAAAACAGAAGCACCACAAGACAUGCAAUGUCAAGACAAUGAGUGUAGCAGCCCUGUACAAAUCCCUGCCAGCAUGAUUGAAAACUUCAGCUUUCCUCCCAAGUCUCGUCUCAAUGUAACUUUCCAGAACACACCUUCCCCAAACUUCUUUGCAGCCAUUGAUCCUCAGGGCUUACUACAGGAAGUUGGGUGGUUCCUCUAUCCCUCAAUGAGUUUCAUUAACUGGCAAACACAGUGGUUUCAGUACAAAGAAAAUUUGACUCAAAGGUUACAGAGACCAGCCCAGGUCAUCCAAGUUUUUAAAGAACAAGUCAUGCAGGGACAAGCAGGAGUGGUUGCCAACAUUUCUACAGCACAGUUAACAAACUAUCAGGGAUUAGAGCUGGACAUGUCUCUGUCUUGUCCUGGUGACAAGGAUACAACAUGUGGUCAUUGGGAUCAUGGGAUCAGUUUGUUUGUUUGUUGUAAUCCCAAAUCCCCUCUCUGUGGAAUGGAGAUAGGAAGAUGGAUCAGUCCAUUUAGAAGGAGAAUUGGUCGCUGGUUGACUGAUAUUUCUCCCUUGCUUCCCAUGAUUCAGAACAACCAAUCAGCUGUCUGUAAAUUUACAAUGAAAACAGCACCCUGGGCAAUGCCUUGGAUACCUUCGCUUAACCUUAGACUUUACAAAACAAAUGAUAUCAUUUCUCCAUCAGAAACUUUUGUGCUAUACCAACCGGGUGCAACAUUUGACAAACAUUAUAAUUCUCAUUUCAAACCAUACAUCUUCACCCCUCCAACAGAUGUCAAGAAGGUUGUGAUAUUUGCUGUGAUAACUGGUCACGGAAGUGAUGAGAAUGGCUGCGGAGAAUUCUGUGUUACUUCUCAUCAUUUUUCUGUCAAUGGGCAUAUCAAUAAUAUAACGUUCAGUGAAGCAGGAACACCUCUUGGAUGUGCCAACCAAGUUUUAAGUGGUGUAGAACCAAAUGAACAUGGUACUUGGUUGUAUGGUAGAAAUGGUUGGUGUGAUGGUAGAAAUGUGUUUCCUUGGGUUAUUGACAUUACUCAACAAGUUUCUCUUGGCAAAAACAAUCAAAUUACUUACUUUGGCUGGUUCAAUGGAACUGAUCCAAAUCCAAAACAAAACCCAGGAAUGAUAUCAAUUUAUUCAUAUCUAGUUUAUUAUAGAUCUUGACUGUACUGUUAAAUUAAUUGUAGUGUAUGGACAAUUUUUCAACAACGAAUUUUAAACUUGCAGAG